AAUAAUUACACAUCUAAAUUAAAAAUAAAAAUAAAAAUAAAAGUUUACAAACCCAUUAGCCCAUCUGCCCAUGCCUCAUAAUAAAAAAAUAAACCACAAAAACAUCAAAAACCUUAUCCUCCUUCCACACCAUAAACAACACAAAAACUGCCCCUCAUUUCCCACCCCAAAAGACAAAACCCAACACACCAUGGCAACUCUUCACGCCACGCCAUCCCCUUCUUUCACCCUCCCAAAACAUGUUCACUCCACCAAACUCUCCGCUUCGUUCCGGCUCAAUCUCCGGCCUCGCCACAGCUCACGGCGGUCCUACUCUUCCGCCGUCCGAUCCUACAAGGUGGUGGUGGAGCACGAGGGCCAGUCUACCGACCUUGAAGUAGAACCUGAUGAGACAAUACUAGAGAAGGCAUUGGACUCUGGCCUCUCUGUGCCGCAUGACUGCAGGCUCGGCGUGUGCAUGACUUGCCCUGCCAGGCUUCUCAACGGCACGGUCGACCAGAGCGAAGGAAUGCUGAGCGACGAUGUGGUGGAAGGCGGGUACACAUUGCUGUGCGUGUCGUACCCGAAAUCGGAUUGUCACAUUCGGACAAUCCCGGAAGAUGAGCUGCUGUCGCUGCAAUUAGCAACUGCUAAUGACUGAAAUUUUUUGGAUUUUGGCAACUGGGGAAUUGGCACAUGUUUGUAUUGAGUUGAGUUGUGGGUUGUUGAAUACGGGUGAUUUCUGUUUUGUUUUGUCACUCAUGAUGUGUGUUGUGUGCUGCUAAUGUUUUUGUUUUAAGCCUGUAGAUCGAAUAGCCAGUGAUUUUGACUGUUGACAA